AUGCCUUCUAUACGACAAGUAACGGUCACAGAUCCAUCAGCUCCUCAAGAAACCAAAAUCAGAGGGGCAACGGAGGUCCCUGAGAUCAAUGGCUCGCCCGUGGCGUUCAUCGCGCUGGUCGUCUCCCUCGGGGUUGUCGUUCUUGUCUGCUCCGUGCUCGUCUUUAUCCUCCUCAAAAGGUACAACCCUACGCCUUACGAGCGCCAACUUCGGCGUGCACGACGACUGCAGAGGAAGCAAGCACGUUCGGACUCGCCUAGCAGUGCCUUCCACGCCCCGUCAUGGCUCUCCAGACUGACACGCGUGUUCGGGAGGCGGAGAUCGGAGGGAUGGGUGCGGGCGAGCGGCGAGGACGGUGACGAGUGGGACGCACGGGACGAGCUGCCAUCCUACAACCCACAACGCGAGCAGCAGGUACACCAGCGAGACCCGUCGCCUCUCCACGUCGACACGCACCUACCGAGGCGCGACGAGGACGCGAGCGCAGACUCUGUUGAGCUCCAAGCUCCGGAGCACUCGGAACAUCCGGCCACGCGCUACAGCGAUCCCUUCGUCUCGUCGCCAUCGCCGACAUCUACCGAGCACUCCAAUGGUCCACCCACACCCAAGGAGACCCGGGAAGGACGCUUCAGCGUGCAGACGGCGGCGAGUUCUCCUCAGCGCCAGGUAUCCGAUGCGGUUAGCAUACGGUCCAUGCGCAAGUUCGAGAGUGGGACGAAGUUUAAGGAGGCGUUGGAAUUCUAG